AGGAGUGUCGAGGAUGAAGCCGUUGGUGUUGGUGAGUGUGGGUGUGUUGGUGUUGGUGAUGGUGUCGCCUCCGGAUCUCUGUCAGGCUCAGGAGACGGAGGCAUUGGUCAGCCUCCUCAUCAGUAAGCUAGCUGGCCUAUGGCACAACGAUCAGGUGAACUUCAUGGGCCACAUCUGCCACUACAGUUACCGUCCGACCAUCUCCAGGUGGCAGCUGUACUACAAGGGAAAAAUGUGGUGUCCUGGGUGGGCUCCAUUCUCGGGCAAUUGUAAGUAUUCCUGUGGAGAUGCAAAGUACACUCCCAGCUACCACAGACGGUACGUUGGUCCGAGCAUACCAAGAACAGGGUCCUGCACUCCUGCAGGUGUCGUCAGCUCUCAGCCCAGCGAGAUGAAGCAGAUCGGGCUACUGGUGAUGCUGUUGGUGUUCACUCCACGCUGCUAUGGUCAGGCGUGGGAGCAGUUGGCAGUAGCUGUCGCAGAAAAACUUAUCGACCUGUGGCAGCUCGGAGAGUUCCAGCUCCUGGGCCACAAGUGUAACUAUAGCGUCACACCCAAGAUAAGAAGACUGGAACUGUACUUCCAGGGCAGCAUGUGGUGUCCAGGCUGGACACUCAUCAGAGGAGAAGCGCUGACGCGCAGCAGGUCUGGCGUCAUAGGUGACACUACACAGGACUUCGUGAGGAAAGCUUUCACCGCUGGCCUUAUCACCGAGCAGGAAGCCCAGGCCUGGCUCACCACCUAACACUUUCUUUAUACUCCAUACCCCCGGCCGGGAUUGAACCCGCGGUUUAUUUGCAAUCGU